AUGUUAGAUAGUCCUUCCGAAAUGUCGAUGAAGAAAAAAUCGAACAAAGACCGAAGCUCGGUACUUGAGCGGAACGAUAGCGUUGCUGUGGAGGCAUCGCAGUCAAAGCAAUAUUCGUUUUUUCAAGAACCUCCACAGGCUCAGAACAGCUUGUUGCCUUUCAGUGAUGUGAGGAAUCGCUGUUGUGACAGACCAUAUGGCGCAUAUUGCCCUUCAUACGAAAGGAGGUGGGAGGAAUAUUUAGCAAAAAUUCCUCCACCAUCUAUUCUGUGUGAGGUGAAGUCAUUCUUAACUGAUGAAGGCUAUGCCCUAUUCUCGAACGAGACCAAGUGUUUGCUGCUCUCGACGCUUGUUGGAAGCGAGGACGCUAAUAGUGAUGAAGUGAAUAAAGCUAUUGUAUCACGCUUAUCUAACCAAAGCCUUCAGCAGUGGUGGUGGCGAGACGUAGCAGAGCGAUACCCUAGCACCCCACUAUACCCUUAUUACGAGAUUACUUUCGAGUACCCUGACGAUCUCAUUUUGCAUACUACCGCCGAUAUAAGUAAGGAGGCUGAUGCAGACGCCUCAACAGUAGCAGCACUUCCCGAGGAAUAUAUUCGAGUGGCUGAAGUGAUUCGCCGAAUCAUUUCGGCGUACGUCACCUGCUCAAGCGUAACAUCAUCUCUAGAAUCCGAAACGUUGAUAGACGCAGAGCGGCUCUUCUCAUGCGUAGUCCAUAGCAAAGGCUACCGUGGCCCUCAAACCGGGAAAAAGGACACGGCGUUUGUGCGAAGUGAUUUUCCAGAACAGGCCGGCAAGGAGUAUAUGCAACCAAACGAGCCCAGAAGACUCUUUUUGGUGCAUCACGCAGAUUUCUCAGACCAUAUUAAUGUAUGCUGUGAUGACUACUACUACCGGCUUCGCGUCAUCGAUCGGCAGUAUGAUGAUGCAUUAGUACCGGCCUGCAUGUUGGCAAACGGGCUAGCUGCCAUACGCCGUCAUAGCCUAGGGCGCAAGGCGACCCUAGUUGACUUUGACGCCCAAGAGGACGAAAAGGCACAGCGCAUUGCCUGUAGUACCCUGCUAGCUCGCCUGUCCACGCUGCACGAUGAUGUUUCCGCUGACCUGCGCCGUCGCUUACGCGACGCAAGUGCGGUCAACGCGCACACGCUGGAUCAGCUAGAAUCAGGCCUCUUCACAAUUGUUUUACGAGGUGGUGAAGUGACUGAGGGGGGUUCAGAGUGGUUGCACUCGAUGCUUUCUUUUUACCUCGGAUGGGGCGGACCGAGGCAAGUGCGGGUGCGUUCGCACGCAACUAUGGUCAGUUUUACUACUCUGUUUAGAUUCCUCACAGUUGCACUUGGCACGUCAAAGCAGGUGGAAGGAAAACCAACGAGCGCCGCCGCAUGUGAGAUAAACCCAUCGCCAUCCUUACCAGGAGACCAUCAAAAGAGUCCCCACGCGUUGCAAAGGGGGGAGCCUAAGCAACGAUGGAAAGAGGUGCCGCUAUGUGCUUCCCUGGAUAGCGCCCAGAUCGCCAGUCAUCUGGAGCUAUGGCUACCUCUUCCAGCGCGGGACGGCCCUCCGCUUAUCUUGCCUCACACCCCGACUACCCAAUUCUCGCCGUGGAUGCCGUUGGUCUUGCACGACAGCGCCACAAAGGUCGGAUCACAGACCGCCGCGGAGGUGUGUCUUUCCAUACUUCUCGCAGUUCAAUUGGCCAUCUCACUUAAUGAUGAUAGAGCGCUCAAAGGUGGACAUCGCGCAGUUGGAGAGUUGUCAGGGCACCCGAUAGUGUACCUGGCGAUGCUACAUGAUCGCCACACCGUUCCCACGGUAAUGCGACUCUACUCCCCUUCAAUUGAGCGCUUUAUUCAGGUGCACAGGAGCCAAUCUUACGUAUUGUUUAACGACGUCCGAAAGACAGCGCGCAAGGCGGCGCUGCUUUCCGUCAGUGAAAAGCUCCAAACGUGCUUCACUGCACUGCAUCCCCUUUGCUACAUGGCGACCAGCCUGGUAGAUAGCCGCGUGGACGUGGAAGUGGCGGAUGUUUGUGUUACCUUGUGCGUGGUGCCUAGACAGAGUCCAGCUUCGCACGCGGAAAGGCGCACUGGCAUUAGUGAGCCGCGGCUCAAAUGGGGCACGAGCUACGCAGAGCUAGCUAUCCCAGCUCGUGUGCGUAUUCAUCUUUGCGUGCAACUGGACAAGGAAAUGAGGAAGGUAAAUCUUGGUGAGUGCGUUUGCAGAGGCGCAGAGGUGAGUCACGCACUUCAAGACGAGCAAUUUGCAAACUGUUUCCAUGAAUGCCUUCGUGCUGAGUCCUAG